AUGUCUCAGGCCAGAGUUGAUCCUGUCAUCGCCAACACACGAGAGAGGCGUGACUGGGAGAAGGUACCGUCUGAUGGUGAACAUUCAUACGGCAGUAGGCUGGCUCGGGAGGAAGAAGCCAGGCAGAUGGAAGCUGCCUUGCAGGAGUCUCUACGAGAGUGGGUACCGUUGAUGCUGUCUCUCGCUCAUCGGGCAAUGGAGGUAUCUUGA